AGUGCUGCCAAUCAGUGCCGCCUAUCAGUGUACGUCAGUGCAGCCUAUCAGUGCACGUCAGUGCAGCCUAACAGUACCAGUCAGUGCCGCCUAUCAGUGCCAUAUAUGAGUGCUGCCUUUCAGUGCUCAUCAGUGAUGCCUGUCAAUACCCAUCAGUGCCACCUACCAGUGCCACCUCAUCAGUGUCUAUCAGUGCCCAUCAGUGAAGCCUAUCAGUGCGCAUCACUGCAGCCUCAUUAGCGCACAUCAGUGAAGGAGAAAAAUCACUUAUUUACAAAAUUGUAUAA